AUGCGUUUUACCGUUACAUCACUACGCUAUGAAUCAUCAGGCCCGCAAUUUUUUGGGAGUGUCGGGGAGGAGCGAAGGAAUGAAUGGGAUGAAGACCAGUCUUCUUCUUCUUCUAACCGGGAUGACGAAGAACCGUGGACACCAUCACCCCCAGCCUCUCCAAUCCUCAUCAUCCCGAAUACGCCGUCACCACCACCCGACGGAGAGGGAAGAAACCUCCGUCCCUGCCCCUGCCUACGGUGUAUGGGUAGAAGAGCUGGUUGGCAAGUGGAGAUAGGGCGGGGGAAUUACGGCAAUCGACUCCAGGAGAUAACCACCACCAACAACAACAACAACACGCCGGAGACACCCCGCCUCACCCAAACACGCAUGGAGCGUUUUACAACACGGAGGGCUCCCGUGGGGCGGGGUAUUGGUCGGGAACUCCCCCGGCAACUGAAUUUGGAUUCGGCGGGGAGUUCAAACCCGGGUCGGGUAAGAUCACCAUCACCCCCAUCACUCCCAUCACCUGUACCAACAACAACCCCACCACGAUCACCUGGGUGGUUGACGGCACGCCGGGGUCGGGCCCGAGCACGUCUGGAUUCGGAGAGGAGUUCGACCCGCCCUACAGCCCGGGUCCCACCCCAACCACGGGACACCAGCCGUGACCGCCGUGAGGAUGAGAACCGGUUACCAUCACCCCUAGCCCAGGCUUUGCCUUCUACCCCGACUAGGGAAGUAGGGGUGGUUAGAGCUCACCCCAACAUGCCGCUCCACACAGCCGAACUCGGGAAUGACAAUUACCUAACCAGUGAGGAACGUAACAGCCUAGUUAGAAAUGUGGAGGAGCGGUUAAGAGCUCAACCGCCCCUACAAUGGUUUCUCAUCCCCGCGGCGGUUGGCGGGAUACCGUUAACAACCACUCCACCGGAGUCAACACCACCACCAGCAGCACCACCUGUCGCACCUGGACCGGGCGCAGUCUUCCUAACCUUCUACUCCACCUAA